GUGUGUGUGUGUGUGUGUGUGUGUGUGUGUGUGUGUGUGUGGAGGAGGGGCCGCCUUGGCUUAGCGGAGGAAGCUCCAGCCGUCCCUUCUGCACCCCCCUCCUCCUCCCUCACAGGUGACUGUUGGAGGUCCCAGCUGGCCAGCUCUUGGCCGAUUAGAUCCAUAUGGUACAGGAGGAGGAGGAGGAGGAGAGAGAAGUGCCCAUCAGUUGCAUGGGUGCUAAGGGAGCUGCUAGCUUGUCCUUUUUUUGCCCUUAGCUUCAAAACAAUUCUCGUAUGUUUUUAUUUUUUUUAAUCUUUUACACUUAAUCAUUUUUUUUUCACUCCAUGUCUCACCAUUAUUUUCUGUUUACUCUAGAGUCUUAAUGUUGUUCCCCCGAGUUCAUUCUCAGAUCUAUUGCCGUUUGUCUGCUCUCUGCUGUUUUAGUGGAGAUGGUGUCUUCUUUGCUGAUCAUUUGAGGGCUCUGUUUAAAAUGAGGGAUUAUUGUUUUGUUUUAUUCAAGUGGUGUGAGUUUGGGGUUUAUGGAUAAUUCUUUCAUACGUCCAAGAAACACACCGACUUCUGUUGAUGCAUGAGAGUUACAAAGAGUUACAAAGUUGAUUGAUUUGAAUCUCUGUACACCCAUGGUCCAGUAUAUUUAGCCUAGCUUGACACAAAGAGUAGAAAGCGGAUGAAGAAAGCUAACCAACCCCUAAAAGAAGGGGAAACAAGCCUGCAGCACAGCUAAAUCAUUUGAAUGUGUUGGCUCGGUAGCCGUCAAGCUACCCACCGAAACACCCAUGGUUUUGUUCAGGGUUGGGAAAGUGAGGACAUUACUUCUGAGUUGCUGCGUUUGUACUGAUGUUGGUCAAAAAGCUACAGUGCGUAAGCUAACUCACUAAACCCACAAGUUUAGUUUUCUUUAAUAAUAUUUAAAAAAUGCAAGUUACAACAUGUUUUUCAUGAGAGCUUUGGAGUUUCUGUGUACCAUUUUUUAUUUUUACAAAACAGUAACUUAGUUUGGUUUUACUUCUUGUUCCAGUGUUUGUGCUAAGCUAUGACUAAACAUGCUCCGUCUUCCAUUGAGCGGUAUUCCUUAGCUGUGCGUGUCUGUGGGUGUUAACUGGGCCCACAUAGUUGUAGCGUUGCACAUUGCUCCCAAUUGUCUUUUUUGCUCCCUGAUAAAUGAGUCAGGCCUGUGUUACGUCUUCUCUCGCCUCCUCUACAGUGACAGGAGAGCGAUAGCAGCACGCACAGGCCUACACCGCCACACACCCUUGCACACACUUUCCUUGUGACUCACAGCCGCCGGAGAGUUUCAACUUCAGAGUUAAACCAGGAGCUUAAUAAACCCUAACACUCAACACAUUUAUUUCUACAACACAUCGAGAGUAACUUAUUUGCACCGAUUGAAAGUAGGUUAUCCAUCUUCACGUCCUGGAAGGAGGUAAAUUAAUGUCUUGUUUCAGAUAUAAUUUUUUAAUAGAUUGCCUUCAGUCACAGUUGUAGCACGGUGGGAAUAUCCCUCUUCUGUUUUUCUAUUUCUGAUCUCUCUCUGUGUCGUCAUGAGCCUCAUUCUAAAUCAUCACCUGCAGAGGCAGAGGCAAUUAAAGCCGAUUAAAUGUUUUAAUGCAGACGAGCGUCACCUGAAGCUGAACAAACAAGGAACACCUGGCUAGCAACGGCAGUCAUCCCCACAGACGCACACUACUUUCCCAUCCGUGCAGCAACAACUGAUGUAAAAAGCAACUCAGAAAGCUGAAGAUUAGAUGUUGUUAUUUAGGUCUAUUCCACAUUUUUUUGAGAAGACAACAGGAAGAGCUGCAGCAUGAAACGACAGUAGAGAGAAGAAGAGCCCUGCCAUGCCCGGUUCUCCUGUGGAUGCUAAGACUCAUUCUAGAUCAGCCCCCAGCAGCAGCUCCACUAUGCCACCCCUGCCUUCAGUCAACCACAGCGGCCCUCGCCCGGCCUCCUUUUCCACCACAGCAUUGACCAAUGGGAAUCAUCAUUCCCCGCCAACCCUGAAUGCAGUGCCGUCUCCACCGCAGCGUUACAGCAAUGGACCAUCCUCUUCCUCUUCCUCAUCGCUGGCCAACCAGCAGCUGCCGGCCACGUGCGGGGCUCGCCAGCUGAGCAAGCUGAAACGUUUCCUGACCACGCUGCAGCAGUUUGGCAACGACAUCUCUCCUGAGAUCGGAGACAGCGUCCGAAGCCUCGUUCUGGCCCUCGUGAAUUCGACAGUCACCAUUGAGGAGUUCCAUUCGCGGCUUCAGGAGGCCACAAACUUCCCUUUACGGCCCUUUGUUAUUCCCUUUCUCAAGGCAAACCUGCCCCUUCUGCAGAGAGAGCUGCUCCACUGUGCACGGGCAGCCAAGCAGACCCCAGCCCAGUACUUGUCCCAGCACGAGCAUCUCCUGCUGAGCACCACCAUGGCCUCCUCUCCAGACUCCUCAGAGCUGCUGAUGGAGCCUCCAGAGGCCGUCACCAAGAGACACAGCCCCAACAGAGCUAAAGAGAACGGUUUCCACGACCGCGAGCGUCCACCCCCAGCCAUGGAGCCCGCCGCUAAACGAAUUUGCACCAUCAGCCCUGCUCCCCGACACAGCCCCGCCCACCCGCUGCCCCUCAGCGCCCAGCUUCACCCGACCCCUCCGCCCUUGCAGCACUACGCCCUGGAUGACAUCGCAGCGCCGCACAUCCUACACCGCGAGCACAGCCAACGCAUGUUGGAGAUCCGCGAGCUCAAAGACAGGCCCAGACUUCCUGGCACUAACGGGGGCUACCGAGAGGAGCCGGUGGACCACAGACUGACAGACAGAGAGUGGGCUGAUGAAUGGAGGCAUCUGGACCAUGUGUUGAACUGCAUCGUUGACAUGGUGGAAAAGACACGGAGGUCAGUGAGUGUGCUCAGACGAUGCCAGGAGUCGGAUCGCGAGGAGCUCAACUACUGGAGACGGCGUUCGAGCGAGCAGGAGGACCCACGCAAAGGAGGCUCGGGCUCCGCUCCCUUCUCGAAGACACACAGCCCCCACUCUGCAGAGUCGGAUUCCCAGCGCGACUUUGCUCCACGGCCAGGCUCGGCAUACGUUACAGAUGAGAUCUGGAGGAAAGCUGAAGAAGCGGUGAAUGAGGUCAAGCGUCAGGCCAUGGACGAGGUUCAGAAGGCAGUAGCGGAGGCCGAGCAGAAGGCUUUCGAGAUGAUUGCUUCCGAGAGGGCCAAGAUGGAGAAGACUCUGACUGAUGCCAAGAAGAAGGCUAAAGAGGAUGCCGUCAUGGUCAUCAAUGAACAGGAGGACUCCAGUGAGUGUUGCUGGAACUGUGGCCGCAAAGCCAGCGAGACGUGCAGCGGCUGCAACGCCGCACGCUACUGCGGCUCCUUCUGCCAGCACAAAGACUGGGAGAGGCAUCACCUCAUCUGCAGCCCAGGACUUCAGGCGCAACCCAAACCCAUUUCUGCCAUCACUGCAAGCAGGGCAGCUGCUGCGGCCACAGCAGCGGCGGUGGCAGCAGCAGCAGCCGGGGUGUCUCCUGUAGGUCUGGUCGGGGUCAAGACCCUCGACGGCGUCCCUUCAGUGUCCAGUCCUGGUGGAGACAAGGCUUCGAUCGCUUCUCGCUCCUCCACCCCUUCCACCCCCGCCUCCGCCACCGAAACCAACGGACACUAGGAGGCGAAGGACAUGAGCGGCGAACGUGUCACCUAUCCUCUUCCUUACUGGGGAAGAAGUGAGUCAGCAGUAAGAGGGAACUAUUUGUGGGUUAAGUUAGGGUAACAGAUUUAUCAUCACACUCUUUGGCAGAAAACAAAUAGCAGAUUAUGGAUGACUGUUUGAGUGAUAUGUCAACUGGGAUUUUGGCUUUGGCAAAGAACAGAAGGGAACGUCUCAAAUGAACAGAUGGAAACGUGUUUGUCUUCAUCCAAAACUCCCAAAUCUUGGAUCUGCAAGGGGCGGGAAAAAAAAACUGCAUUUAUCUCUGGAAGUUAUGAAAGAAGGCAUAUGAGAAAAGACAGAGGACAUUAAAAAAAGAGAUAUAAAGGGCCCCCCCCCCCCCACACCAAUAUUCUCACUUGUUUGUGUAUAGAUUUAAGAUAGCGAGGCGGUGGGAAAUGGAAACAGUGUAAUAUUACCAGCCAUAAAGCAUCUGUCUUCUUCCUGUCUGGAAAAUCUGACAGGAGACCACAUAAGCUCCUCCUGUAUACAGAAAUAUUUGCUCGCCAACUUGUCAGGUUUUCAUGUGUGUGUGUGAAUGCGUACGUGUCAAACGGUCGUGCAGUCAGUGAAUAUUGUACAGCAUAUGAUAACUUUUGUCAAAGCAAUAUUAAAAGUGAAGUGUUCAGGUAUCUCAAGCCGUUUUUCUGCAUCACCAAAGUUUUCGGUCGCUAGAGAGAGAGAGUCGUCGUCGCCUGUAAAUGUCUUGUGAACGAGAGAUAAUUAUACACUAACACAUCAUAUCUACUUUUAUAAAGAGCUUAACUAGGAAUGCCGGUGACUGUCUUUUAAUUUCUGAUCAUCAGGCGUCUUCAUUUUCAUUUUGGCACUUGCUGGCAUCACCAGGUGUGUAUGGCGGGCUCGGACGUUGCUCCAAAGCUUCCACCAUUGCAAUGUUUGCAUCGGGGGGGGGGUUGUACUACAGCUUUUCAAGUACAGUUUUCCACAAAAGGAAAAGAAAAUGGAUGACGGUGAAAUGUGUUUUACUUAAUUUGAGAGAAUCCUCACUGGCGCUCACGUCGCCGUGGUGCAGGUUGAGAGCAGCGACUCCGUCCCACGGAGAAUCUCAGGAGGCAGCUAAACUGUGUUUGUACAGAUCAUUCUGUUCUUUUUGUUUUCUUUUGUCGCAGUUAGGUUCAAGUCAAAAGUUGAGUGAGUGACUCUGCUGUUACAACUGAGAUAUUGUUCUUGUUUAAUUUUUCCGUUUGUUGUAAGAUUACUUUGUAAAGAAUAUUAUGAGAGAAUGCCUUUAUUUUGUGAGCCACGAUUUUCUUCGUUCUUUAAACACUUUUCUUUUGUUAUGAGGCAUAACUUCAUAUGGAAAAAGAUAUCUUGACAUGAAGUAUGAAAUAAAGAAAUAGAAUUAC